GUCGUAGGGAGAGGCCAGUCCAAGCUACGAACGUUUAUCUCUCUUCUGCACGCGAGUCUUUUGAUGAGUGCGUUAUACGCGAUCAACGCAUCUUUCUCUUUUCCUUUUCUUUUCUCUUUUCUUCUUAUUCUUAUUCUUCUUUCUCUUUCCUUUUUUAUUUUACUUCUUUUUAUUAAUUUAUUUCUAGUUCAACCUUUUCCGAUAUUUCUUCCUCUCUUACCACCAACAUUACCACCACCACGAUUAUCAUCUCCCCCGUAUUGUCAAGUUCGUGAAGAUCUUAUUGGUAGAAAUUCAAUGAUCAUUCGAACUAGAUUUUUUCGAGAUGCUUGAAUGUCGACAGAGACGGCAAGAAAGGAAAUGCACUUAUUGACUAGCGUCUGCGCUCUCAUAUUGAUCUGCAGCCCGGUCUGACAUCGAGCGCACGAGUAUACGGGUGGGACCUCGACAACGCCUUCCAAAAAUGUAUAUUUUUUUGAGCUUUGCACGAUUCAUUCUUAUAUCGUCGAUACUCUGCAUCGGUCUCUGCUCCGAAGAUGAGGAGAGGUUGGUGCGAGAUCUCUUUAGAGGCUACAACAAAUUGAUCAGACCGGUGCAAAAUAUGACAGAGAAGGUGCACGUCAAAUUUGGACUCGCCUUCGUUCAGCUUAUCAACGUGAAUGAGAAAAAUCAGAUCAUGAAAUCGAACGUAUGGUUGAGAUUCGUAUGGAUGGAUUAUCAAUUGCAAUGGGAUGAAGCGGAUUAUGGUGGCAUUGGAGUACUCAGGUUACCGCCCGAUAAAGUAUGGAAGCCGGAUAUAGUAUUGUUCAACAAUGCCGAUGGUAAUUACGAGGUACGUUACAAAAGUAACGUUUUGAUCUAUCCGAAUGGCGAAGUACUUUGGGUACCACCAGCGAUCUACCAAAGUUCUUGCACAAUUGACGUCACCUACUUUCCGUUUGAUCAACAAACAUGUAUUAUGAAGUUUGGUUCAUGGACAUUCAAUGGCGAUCAGGUAUCCUUAGCCCUUUACAACGACAAAAGCUUUGUCGAUCUCUCAGAUUACUGGAAAAGUGGUACCUGGGAUAUAAUCAGUGUACCAGCUUACUUGAAUACCUACCAGGGCGAGUUACCAACCGAAACAGAUAUCACGUUCUACAUCAUAAUACGACGAAAGACGCUUUUUUAUACGGUGAAUUUGAUCUUGCCUACAGUUCUGAUUUCCUUCCUUUGCGUCUUGGUCUUUUAUUUACCCGCGGAAGCUGGUGAAAAGGUGACACUCGGUAUAAGUAUUCUCCUAUCAUUAGUUGUGUUUCUUUUGCUGGUUAGCAAAAUUCUACCACCUACGUCUCUCGUAUUACCGCUGAUAGCCAAGUAUCUUCUCUUUACUUUCAUCAUGAAUACCGUUAGUAUCCUGGUAACCGUGAUCAUUAUAAAUUGGAAUUUCCGUGGGCCACGUACUCACAGGAUGCCGCAAAUGAUACGAAAAGUUUUUCUGAAGUAUCUACCAAAGUUUCUUUUGAUGCGACGACCAAAGAAGACGCGUCUCAGAUGGAUGAUGGAGAAUCCAAGCGUAACUCUGCCAGCUUCGACUUAUUCCGGUAGUCCUACGGAACUGCCAAAACAUCUGCCAUCCUCUUUAGCAAAGAGUAAGAUGGAAGUAAUGGAGUUAUCCGAUUUGCAUCAUCCAAAUUGUAAGAUCAAUCGUAAGGUUCAUCAUACGACCAGUGGCUCGAGCGCAGCAGGUGCCGGUGAGGCUCUUGGCGAUAGAAGGGGAUCCGAAAGUUCGGAUUCUGUUCUUCUAAGUCCUGAAGCAAGCAAAGCUACUGAGGCAGUUGAAUUCAUUGCUGAGCAUCUUAGAAACGAAGAUUUGUAUAUACAGACAAGGGAAGAUUGGAAAUACGUUGCGAUGGUGAUCGAUCGAUUACAGCUUUACACCUUCUUCAUAGUCACCACAGCUGGUACUAUAGGGAUCCUAAUGGAUGCACCCCAUAUUUUCGAGUAUGUGGACCAGGAUCAUAUCAUAGAGAUUUAUCGCGGGAAAUAAUCGCUUUAUCCAUUCUAUCGUAUAUUAUUCUUCGCCAAGUUUCGAUGGUCAUCAACGACGAAGAAAAUUCUUUUUUACUAUCAAAUGCGUAUUCGUUCGCUAAGAUAUUCCAUCAAAUAUUUCCGGAACGUAUGCGAAAAUGCAAAAUAAUCAUUUAACGGGUGUUCGCCUAAUUCUCGUAUGAACGAUGGCAUACGAACUCGCGAUGUUACCGUUACGUUGAAACUACAAAACGAACAUUCGUAUUGUUUGUAAGGAGGUCCAAGAAAUUUAAUCGAGAGCGCUUUCUUGCAUUUUUCUUUGCGAAUGCCCUAAGAAGUCUUAUU